ACAAAACGUCAAACACUUUCGCCAAAGCAGAAGCAGUUCUUGUUCGUUUCGGUAAGGAAUCUUGUUUUGUUACAAGUUUCACGUUGAAAUUUUCAACAAAAACUAUCCAAAUUGGUCUGUAAAACAAUGUAAAGUGCAGCUCCGGUCGUGAUUACACCCAAUUUAACGGAAUACUAAAUUGGGGUAGCACCAAAAGGGCCCCAGCGUCGUUUGUGUUGAAAUUGUGAUUCGCUGCUGCAGCUGCUUCUCUUUGUGGUGGAGGCGAUUGAUUGCGUUCCUCGGCUUCUGCUGCUGCUAGCUGAAGAUGUCAACCGAGGAGAAUGUGACAUCAUUAAGGGAAAUUACCGGAUUGAAGCCUGAACAGGCAGCGAAUCUGUUGUCUGCAUAUAAUGGAAACUUGGAGGGGGCGAUCAAUGCAUUUUUCGAGAAUCCGGAGGGUGUCUUGAAUCCGGAUCCGCCAGUAGUGAUAAAUGACGACGAGGAAGAUGAUGUACGGGCGCCUAUACCGCGGAAGACGGAAGUGCUGCUGCCGGCAGAGGACACAACACGUGGAAGGUUGAAGCGACGAGGCGCCACGAUUACGGAAGUACCGUUCCGAAAUUUUGAACUCGAAGGUAAAUUGCAGGAACAGAUGUUGAUGCAAGGACAGGGACCUUCGUCCAAGAAAAUUACCCGAUUAGAAGCGCUGUUUAUGCCGCCGUUCGAAAUCCUAUUUUCCGGAAGUUUUGACAUGGCUCAAAGGCAUGGCAAAAGCGUAGAUAAAUGGAUUCUGGUAAAUCUGCAGGAUGAUCUGAACUUUAGCUGUCAAACGUUGAACCGAGAUUUGUGGUCCGAUCCACGACUGAAAGAUUUUCUACGGAACAAUCUAAUUUUCUGGCAAACGUCCAACAAGACUACGGACGGUGCCAAAUUCAAAACAUUCUACAAGGUCAACAAUGAACCGUACAUUGGAAUGAUUGACCCACGUACUGGUGAAGAAGUGCAAACAUUUUCAGCCAGCGACGCGGAUCCGGUGAAAUUUAUGUCGACUUUGAAAAAUUUCCUCACAGAGAACAAAUCACCUCACGGGAAGGAGGUCACGUUCGUAGAGUCUAGCUUCAUGCGACCAUCAACUUCCCAGGCAUCUUCGGCCGGUGCCAACGGUUCCAAUGCAUCCGGUUCCAAGAAACCCAUCUGGAUUCCGGACGAAGACGAGGAAGAAUUUCAAGAGAUCACAGAUAGCAGUGAUAGCGACAUGGAACCAGACACUCCCACAUCAAAAUCUCCAUCCAAGCAGGCAUCGAUCCCAACGGAAACGCCCAGCGCACCGAUUCUGAGCUCAGAUGACGAGGCGAAUCUUCCGCCGGCGGAAAAGACUCGCAUUAUGCUCAAGAUGCCCGGCGACGUCACCGAGCGAUUAUUCUUCCGCAGCUCUCGAACCUUGGACCACACCAAGGCCAAACUCAUGAACAAAUUUACCAGCAAGUUUGCCGAUCAGAAGGGAAAAUCGGUCCGGUUCUUCUGUCCAGCCGUCAAGGCUGAUCUGGCCUCGCUCGACGGAAGUCAGACACUGCUCGACUUGAAAAUCCACCCGAACGCGGUCAUACACGUGACGGUGGACGACUAGAAGCGUGAUGUUACAACAUCGGUUGGAUUCAGCUAUUUCUAAAUAUUCUAAUUUUAAGGAACCAACGUCGAUCCCACAGAUGCAUGCGGUUAAAAUUUUAGUUUCUGAGAAGCCAAUAAAUUAUGUAAUCAUUUGAA